AGUCCCCAAAGCCGCGCCGGCCCAUAUUACCAGGCUCCGAGGAAGGGGCGGGCGCUUUAGGCUGCGCACUUCCGCUUCCGGUUCCCAGCGCAACCUCCGGCCCCGGCUUGGCUGUCGAGCGACUAGGCUGUGGCGUCGGCGGGUUCCAGGCGAUUCGAGGAUGAUCGAGGUUGUUUGCAACGACCGUCUGGGGAAGAAGGUCCGCGUGAAGUGCAACACCGAUGACACCAUCGGGGACCUGAAGAAGCUGAUCGCAGCCCAAACGGGGACCCGUUGGAACAAGAUCGUGUUGAAGAAGUGGUACACGAUUUUUAAGGACCAUGUCUCUCUGGGGGACUAUGAAAUCCAUGAUGGGAUGAACCUGGAGCUUUAUUACCAAUAAAGCGGAAUUCCUUCCUCGCGCCCUGUCCCCCCUCCCCUUCUCUCCUGCGCUCAGCUCCAGCACUAGUACGGAUGCUUGUUUUUAAAAAAGUCAUGUUAAUAAAAACUUAGAACAGCU